AUUUUUUUUUCCCUUCUCCUCAUUCGCUUCGUUUCUCUCUCUCUCCUCGCUCUCUCUCUCUCUCUCUCCUCGCCCCCUCGCCGUGGAAUCGAUGUCCUUCGCCGCCCCUUACGGCGGCGGCGACGCCUCCGCCGCCGCGCGGAAGCGCUUCUUUUGCCACCAAUGCAACCGCACCGUCCUCAUCGGCCCCUCGUCGUCGUCCUCCUCCGCCGCCGAGGGGUUCGACCUCUCGUGCCCCCACUGCGGCGGUGGCUUCAUCGAGGAGCUCAACGUCCCAAACCCUAGCCCCGAUCCCAUCCCCAGCCUCUUCUCCGACGACUCCUUUGGCCCCUACCAAUCCCCUCUCCCCUUCCUCCUCUCCGCCCUCCUCGACCUCCGCGGCCCCGGCGGCGGCGGCGGUGGCGGCGGAGGCGGCGGGGGAUUCUCCGGCGACCCCGCCACCCCCGAUCGCUCCGCCGCUCCCUCCCCCGAUCCCGAACCCUUCGACCCCGUCCACUUCCUGCAGAACUACCUCCAAACCCUAAUGGACGGCGGCGCCAACAUCCAGGUCGUCCUCGACGGCGGCGACGGUGGCGGCGGCGGCGGAGGGCUCCGCCUCGGCGGCAACUUCGGCGACUACUUCAUCGGCCCGGGGCUCGAGCAGCUGAUCGAGCAGUUGGCGGAGAACGAUCCGAACCGCUACGGUACUCCUCCCGCGGCCAAAUCCGCGGUCGAUUCCCUCCCCGAUGUGAAGAUCUCGGAGGAGGUCAUGGCGACCGACGAUGCGCAGUGCGCCGUGUGCAAGGACGCCUUCGAGGUCGGGGAGGAGGCGAAGGAGAUGCCCUGCAAACACAUCUACCACAAGGAUUGCAUAAUUCCAUGGCUGGAGCUCCAUAAUUCUUGUCCCGUGUGCCGCUACGAGCUCCCGACGGACGAUCAGGAGUAUGAGAACCGGAAAAAGGCGCCCGCCGGAGGAGGAGCAGGGAGUUCAUCUAGGGUUUCUUCAAGAGGUGGUGGUCAUCGUUCUGGCGAUGACCGUGACCCUGCCAGUGAUGGAGAGGGAGAUUCUUCUGGGGCUGUGACGAGUCCCUCGGGGAGGAGGUUCAAUAUCUCAUUGCCUUGGCCAUUCAACAGUUUUGGAUCGCAGUUUGAGGAUAGAGAUGCUGGGAAUUCUGGUGGUCAAAGUGAUGAGCAUGAGGGGAGGACUUGACCUGAGGAUGGAUUGAGGAUGAGUUUCUCGGUGCAUCUUUCAACGACUCUACGACGUAUACUUAUCUCUGUUUCUAUUAUACAUGUUUGAAAGAUUGAUUUCCGCAAAUUUAUUUUGUUAAGUUAUAAUCUGUUGAGAGUUAGCUUACGAAUCACCCAAACAGUGCAACUAGGAAUGGAUGGUUUCGAGCUGCGGCAGAAUUAUGUGACAGGUUGAAAUAUCAAAAAAUUAUUAGUUUAUUGGAUUUUCAUGAUA